ACAAAGGCGGUACUAGAAGGAGGACGACUUCCGGCGCGAGACGCAGUCGUCGCAUUUGUCCGCCCCAAUGGCGGCCCCAGUGCUUCACACGCGGUUGGUUGGAGAAGUGGCCGCUUCGGCCUCUGCGGGCAAGACACUGGGCGCAUCCAGGACUGGGAUUUCAGAUGUGCUUGAAUUAGAGAAUGAUUUCUUCAAUUCUCCUCCAAGAAAAACUGUUCGAUUUGGUGGAACGGUGACAGAAGUCUUGUUGAAGUACAAAAAGGGUGAAACGAGUGACUAUGAGUUGUUGAAGACCCAGCUGGCAGAUCCAGACAUAAAGGAUGACCAGAUCAUUAACUGGCUGUUAGAAUUCCGUUCCUCUAUCAUGUACUUGACCAGAGACUUUGAGCAGCUUAUCAAUAUUCUCUUGAGAUUGCAGUGGUUAAAUAGAAGUCAGACAGUGGUGGAGGAGUAUUUGGCUUUCCUUGGUAAUCUUGUAUCAGCACAGACUGUCUUCCUUAGACCAUGUCUCAGCAUGAUUGCUUCUCAUUUUGUACCUCCCCGAGUAGUCAUUAAGGAAGGUGACGUAGAUGUUUCAGAUUCUGAUGAUGAAGAUGAUAAUCUUCCUGCAACUUUUGACACAUGUCACAGGGCCUUGCAAAUAAUAGCAAGAUAUGUCCCAUCGACGCCGUGGUUUCUUAUGCCAAUAUUGGUAGAAAAAUUUCCAUUUGUUCGGAAGUCAGAGAGAACAUUGGAAUGUUAUGUUCAUAACUUACUAAGGAUUAGUGUGUAUUUUCCAACCUUGAGGCAUGAAAUUCUGGAACUUGUCAUUGAAAAGCUACUCAAGUUGGAUGUGAAUGCAUCCCGUCAGGAUAUUGAAGAUGCUGAGGAAAUAGCAACUCAGACUGGUAGAGGAACAGAUGCCACAGAAGGACUGUUUAACAUGGAUGAAGACGAAGUAACUGAACAUGAAACAAAGGCUGACCCUGAAAGGCUCAGUCAGAUGGUACAUCCUGUCGCUGAACGCCUGGACAUCCUGCUGUCUUUACUUUUGUCCUACAUUAAGGAUGUCUGCUAUGUAGAUGGUAAGAUUGAUAUCAACAAAACAAAGGAUUUAUAUCGAGAUCUCAUAAUUAUCUUUGACAAACUCCUGUUGCCCACCCAUGCCUCCUGCCAUGUACAGUUUUUCAUGUUUUACCUCUGUAGCUUUAAAUUGGGAUUCGCAGAAGCAUUUUUAGAACAUCUCUGGAAAAAAUUGCAGGAUCCGAAUAAUCCUGCCAUCAUCAGGCAAGCUGCUGCAAAUUAUAUUGGAAGCCUUUUGGCAAGAGCUAAAUUUAUUCCUCUUAUUACUGUAAAAUCAUGCCUAGAUCUGUUGGUUAACUGGCUGCACAUAUACCUUAAUAACCAAGAUUCGGGAACAAAGGCAUUUUGUGAUGUUGCUCUCCAUGGACCAUUUUACUCAGCCUGCCAAGCUGUGUUCUACACUUUUGUUUUUAGACACAAGCAGCUUCUAAGUGGAAACCUUAAGGAAGGUUUGAGGUACCUUCAAAGUCUAAAUUUUGAACGUAUAGUGAUGAGUCAACUAAAUCCUCUGAAGAUUUGUCUGCCCUCGGUAGUUAACUUUUUUGCUGCAAUUACAAGUAAGUACCAACUGGUCUUCUGUUACACUAUCAUUGAGAGGAACAAUCGCCAGAUGCUUCCAGUUAUUAGAAGUACAGCUGGAGGGGACUCGGUGCAAACCUGCACAAACCCACUUGACACCUUCUUCCCCUUCGACCCUUGUGUGCUUAAAAGGUCAAAGAAAUUUAUUGAUCCUCUUUAUCAGAUAUGGGAAGACAUGAGUGCAGAAGAGCUUCAGGAGUUUAAGAAACCCAUUACAAAGGAGGUGGUAGAAGAUGAAGAUGAUGACUUUUUGAAAGGUGAAGUUGGGAUUACUCCGAGCUCCUUUGACACGCAUUUCCGAAGUCCUUCAAGUAGUGUGGGCUCCCCACCAGUGUUCUACCUGCCAGACCAUUCCCCUCUGAUUGCAAGGAUUUGUGAUUGAGACGAACACCCUCCUGCUUUUCAGUACCUGGGCUCAUCCUCUUUGAGCUUCACAUGGAACUAGUACCUGCCUCAGGCAGCUUAUUUUAAGUUAGACUUACUCUCCUGCCCGAAAAGACAUGUUUUUUUCUUUUGCUCCUGUAUAGACAAAAGGAAAAGACUGAAUAUCAUGUGCAAUAUUUUACAAUGGAGUCGAUGAUAAAUGUUGAAGUCUUGGCUUUGUUUGUUUAAUGUAUACUUUUUUUGUGUGUUAACAGCUUUUUGACAUAAUUAUUGUGAAAUCUCUAGUAUUGGCAACAGCCUGUUUUAACAGAUUGCAUUUUUAACAUAGGUUUUGGUCAGAGCUGUAGUCAUAGGAUUUUGCUGAUCAGUGAAAAUCCUCCAGGACACUAUUUAAAGUCUUUAGAAUGAGUUUAUUUGGGGUACAUUGU